AUGGUGAGUUGUCGAAGUGUUAAGCGUGUGAGCACCAUGCAUGUCUGCAUCACCCUGCUGUCGCUUGUCACCUGUUUCAACGGUUUACACGCAAUAAAAAUAGUGAAAUUAGUAGUGCCAGAGAUAAUUCAGUAUGGUGUACAAGAUUCCGUAAUAUUAGACUGUGACUAUACAUAUGGAAAUAAAACGCCUGGACUAAUGGUGAAAUGGUUUUUCAGAAGCAAAACGAAACCAGUGUAUCAGUGGAUAGUGUCACAAAAACCACAGGAUAUAGGAGUUUUAAGGGGGCGGGUGGAUUUAAGUUAUAAAGCGUCUGACGAUCCACUAAAAAUGUACAGAGCGUUAAGAAUAGUUAAAUUAGAUACUGAUAUAUCGGGUGAAUACAUAUGUGUUGUGUCAACGUUUAUUGAUGAAGACUUCAAGAGUAAACAUAUGACUGUAUUCGUGCCAGAGACCAGCUUCCGGCUAAUCCAGAACAAGACUGAUGACGACACGGUCAACGUCAUCUGUGCCGCGGACGGUGCCUUCCCAGCGCCGAACCUCACAAUUGCAACACCAGAGAAGCAUCUCCAAGUAGACCACAAGGUGAAAGUGGUCAAUGGAAGAUAUUCAGCAGUAGCGUCGGUGACAUUAAACGACGCAGAUCUGCCGUCGCCGGCGGAAUUUAUCUGUACACUCAGAAUACCUCAAGCAAAGUACGCUGUAAGAAAAGAAGCUAUUUAUUAUCCAGGUCCAAUCAGCACUACACCAGAGAUGCCUACGGCAGCAGAUAUGCAGUUUGCGGCAGAUAGUUCUACAGAAUUACACAUCUACACCACGCUCGUGAUAGCUUUAUCAGCAUUAGCUCGCAUCCUCAUUACAUAA